CAGCCACUGUCCCGGAUGUCAGAAAAUGGCGGCUCGGAUAAAACCAAAGUGUCCUAAACACUGAAAGACUGAAAAAAAUAUUUUUAUCUAUACCUUUCCAGAAAUGCAUAUGACACAUAGGACAUAACCAUGAAUGGAUUACACUUCAAGCCUCGAAGAGUCACAAAUCAAAAUAUCGUGUGGAAAAUUCGCCAACGAGAAACCGUUGCUCCCAGACCGGGAUGUCGAUGGCACCGAGGCCGGUCUUUUACGCAAAAUCUCUUCCCUAACUUUACCAUCGUGAACGUUGAAAAACCACCCUGCUUUUUACGGAAGUUCUCGCCGGAUGGCCGCUAUUUUGUGGCAUUCUCGUUGGAUCAGAGUUCCAUAGAAGUUUAUGAAUUCCAGGGAGCUAGCGCCGCAGAGGAACUUUUGGCGAGAGAAGGCCAUCAGACAGCUUCUAUACGGAGCAAAUUAUUCGGGGAAUUCUUCAAGCAAACUGCUGUCGUUACGGUCGCCGCUAAUGGCGAGCAUCUAAAUCGCGAGUGCAGUCUUUUCACCGAUGAUGGACGCUAUGUCAUUGUUGGCUCUGCCUCCUAUGUGCCGGAAGACCCCCAUCCAUUCUUCUUCGAUAUUUACCGAAAUAACGAGUCUGUGUCCCCUAAUCCCCGAUCUCCCCUUGAAGACUACACCAUACACAUCGUGGAUCUGCGCAAAGGAAGGCUUAGUGACUCUCGCACAUUCAAAUGUGACAAGAUAUUUUUGUCACACAAUCAAGGCCUCUAUUUGUAUAGAGACCUUCUAGCUAUCCUUUCAGUGCAACAGCAGACAAUUCACAUUUUUCAGGUUACAAAAGAUGGGAAGUUUAUAGAGGUGAGGUCGAUAGGUCGGUUCUGCCAUGAGGAUGAUGAACUAGUUCUCACAGGAUCUCGUGGGGUAGAGAAUAAUCAAAUAAGGAGUCCAUACUUAGAGACUUGUAUAAAUGGGUUAAAGCACCGCUUGAUGGUGCAUUUGUGGAGGUGUGCAGUGAGGGAUGGCUCUGCUGAGGCAAUCAGAAGGUUCUUUCAACACUUUGAACAGUUUCGGAUGCUGCGAAUGUGGAAAAUGCAACUACUUGAUGAAACUACAAUUCUCAUUAAGUAUGCUAGUGAGGAAGUUGUUACUCUUCGAGUUGCAGAUCCCAACUCCCAGGCCUCAUUUUUUGUGAUCUACAAUAUGGAAUCCACAGAAGUAUUAGCUGUAUUUGAGAACACCUCAGAGAAGCUUUUAGAAUUAUUUGAGCAAUUUUGUGACUCCUUCAGGAAUGCAAUUCUCCAUUCCCCAGCUCAGUUUACCUGCUCUGCAUCCAGUAAUACCUAUGCUCGUCAAAUUCAGCGGAGGUUUAAGCAUACAAUAAUCAAUGCAAAGUAUGGAGGACACACUGAAGCUGUUAAGCGGCUAUUGGCACAGCUUCCUAUCAGCUCUCAAUCUUAUAGCAGUAGUCCAUACCUAGACCUUUCCUUAUUUAGCUACGAUGACAAGUGGGUGUCAGUCAUGGAGAGGCCAAAGGCAUGUGGGGAUCAUCCUAUUAGGUUCUAUUCAAGAGACUCAGGUCUUCUCAAGUUCAAAAUUCAUGCAGGAUUCCUUGGUCGCCCAACUCCACCCACUGCAAGACGCCUUGUGGCUUUCACCUUCCACCCUAAUGACCCUUUUGCAAUCUCUGUGCAGAGGACCAACGCAGAAUAUGUAGUGAAUUUCCACAUCAGACAUCUUACACAGGGGCCAGAACACAUGUAGGCAGACAUAGAGAAGCAGAAUUAUAGGUUACACCUCUGAACUGCUAGCUAAAGAAACCAUGCCAAUUAGCAGGGGCAGAUUGCGCUGAAGGGGGUUUGACUUGAUGCCAAUUUAUACUUUUCCUGAUACGCGUGGCUUUUUGACUCACACAGUUACAAAUUCUAUUCUAGAUGGUCGUUUAAUAGAUAGAUAGUACUGUCUUGUGUUAUUCCUUUCAUGUGCCUCAAGGGGGGGGGGCAUUGGGGUUUGCAGUAUUGGCCAUUUUUGUACGAUAUUGAAGUAAAAGAGCAAAAAAUAUUUGGUGAUGUGGUAUUUAAAAACACUGCGAGAUUUUGCUUGCUCUUCAAUACCUCAGCCUUCUCCAGCUCCCGGGGGUGGGACUCUCCAUUAUAGUAGACAGGGGUGAUUAUCUUAUCUUUUUUGCUUACUGCUAUUCUUUUUUUCGCUUUUGCUAUCCCUUAGGGGGUCUCACGCUAGUAGAUCAUCACACCCUAAUAAUAACUGGACAUGAAUGUAUUUAGAAAAGAGAUGUGACUGAUUGUGGCAUCUUAAGGACUGCAAUUUAAAUUGUUAAGUGCUUAGAGUUAGAAAAUGCUUCUACCAUAACUAAAAUCCCUUAGGGGAAAAAUUGAUUGUGCCAAUGAUCAUCCCCAUCUGUUUUAAUGGAACCCACUCCCAAAAGCCUACUGUUAGGUAGGUUUUCAGGAUGUCCCAUCAUAAAAAAAAACUGCAUUGGGCCAAAUUUUCUUGUUGAGUCUUAGGGCGCAUUUGUUUUUCCAACAUUCUGGAAUGAGAAUGGUUGGUAGAGAAUGUUCAGAAUAGCAUUCGAGUCAUUCUGCUACAGGUAGAAGAAUGGAUUGAAUGGCCUUCAUUCCAUUCUGGAAUGGGAACGCGGCAUCAACGAAGGCACAAUUUUUCUAUUCUAAUCAUUCUCAUCCUGUAAUCAUGAGUAAAAAAAUGUUCCCUAAGAUAACAGAUUUUCCACAUGAGUAAGCAAUGGACCAGGGUAAGCAAUGAAACGGCGGGACAGAAAUAAAAUGGGAAAUAAAACUUGUGGAGGUCUGGAAA